AGCAGUGCACUGGGCCACUUACUCCUCCCGGGUGACUGGUUCUUGGGCUCUCUGCUCAACUGUUGUGCGGCUCGGAAUACCUGAUGCAUGGAUGACACGUGUAAGGACAGGUCCGCAGAGGACGGGAGCGACGAGGACUCCGACUCCACGGAAGUCCCGGCCCGGAUUCGGGACACCCCUGAAGACAUCGUAUUGGAAGCGCCGGCUAGUGGUCUGGCGUUCCACCCGGCCCGGGACCUGCUGGCGGCGGGGGACGUGGACGGGGACGUGUUUGUCUUUUCCUACUCCUGUCAAGAGGGAGAAACCAAGGAGCUUUGGUCCUCAGGUCACCAUCUCAAGUCCUGCCGUGCUGUGGUCUUUUCUGAAGAUGGGCAGAAACUUGUUACUGUGUCCAAGGACAAAGCCAUCCAUGUUCUAGAUGUGGAGCAGGGCCGACUGGAAAGACGCAUUUCCAAGGCUCAUGGUGCCCCUAUCAACAGUCUGCUACUGGUGGAUAAGAAUGUUCUGGCCACUGGGGAUGACACAGGUGGCAUCCGGCUUUGGGACCAGCGGAAAGAGGGCCCCUUAAUGGAUAUGCGGCAGCAUGAGGAGUAUAUUGCUGACAUGGCUCUGGACCCAGCCAAGAAACUACUGCUGACAGCCAGUGGGGAUGGCUGCCUUGGUGUCUUCAAUAUUAAGCGACGCCGGUUUGAGCUCCUCUCAGAACCUCAGUCUGGAGACCUGACCUCUGUCACAAUCAUGAAGUGUGGGAGGAAGGUGGCCUGUGGCUCCAGUGAAGGUACCAUCUAUCUCUUCAAUUGGAAUGGCUUUGGGGCCACAAGUGACCGCUUUGCCCUGAGAGCCGAGUCCAUUGACUGCAUGGUUCCAAUCACUGACAGUUUGCUGUGUGCUGGGUCCACCGAUGGAGUCAUCAGGGCUGUGAAUAUCCUGCCGAACCGAGUUGUGGGCAGUGUGGGCCAGCAUGCUGGGGAACCUGUAGAGGAGCUGGCCCUCUCCCACUGUGGCCGCUUCCUGGCCAGCAGUGGCCAUGACCAGUGCCUCAAGUUUUGGGACAUGGCCCAGUUGCGGGCUCUGGUGGUGGAUGACUACCGUCGGCGCAAAAAAAAGGGAGGGCCACUUCGGGCGCUGAGUAGCAAGGCUUGGAGCACUGAUGACUUCUUCUCCGGACUUAAGGAAGAGGAAGAGGGGGAGGAGGAGGAGAGCGAGGAUGACAGUGACUGAGGUGAUGAGCUGAAUCUCGAUAGGACCUCACUGGGCAAGAGUCUUGCUUCCUGUGUUGGAGCCCCAGAGGCUCAAGACUGGGGGGAAGUAGAACUGCUCACUCUACCAGUGUAAGGCAAGCCCACAGCUGGAGCAAGACAGCACACGGACACAGGUUUACACUAACCAGGCGUUUUAAUAUAAAUACAACCAGAGUAGAAAAACAAACCAACAGUACACAUACACCAAAACCAAAAUGCCAAGCGGUGGGGACAAAAAGCAGAUUUCUGACCCUUUGGCUCAGCUAUCCCCCAAAUAAAAACCAACAAAGACAAAUCAAGAAAAUAAGCGAAGAUUCAUGUUAAGCCGUGGGAGGAGACUGUGUGUCACACAAAGAAAAGCCAAGGAAUACUUGGCUGGGAGAGGGAGGGCAAGGUUCCCGCACAACUUAGCCAAACCUGAGCUGCCCCCAAGUGCACUGGGGCUGUACCCCAGCUGAGAAGCUGUGUCAGGCCUAGGGCAGGACCCAUGCUCCUCCCUUUUUUAGGAUCAGAUGGUGGCUGCCCAGGCCUGCUGGGUUGGGUACUGACAAAGGCCCUGCCUACUCAUUCAGGCUGCCUGUGGAAAGGAUGGGGUUACUGCUUAACCAUGGUACCUGCCUCAGCUCCAGCAGACCACAGGAGACUGGCCCCAGACUCACUUAGUGCCCCAGCUGACCAUAAGAGGCUGGCCCCAGACUCACUCAGUGCCUCCAGCAGCCGUGCAGACACAGCAUCCUUGGCCACCUCAUGCCCAUCCUGCCCUUCCGAGGCCAGCACAACCCAGAUGAGGCCACUGAAGGGUACUGGAUGCCCAGGGAUCACCACCUGGUACCAGAAGUGGUGCCAGCCAGCAGGGCCUGUGCCUAAGCACUUGGUGAGAAACACUGGGCUACCUAGCUUCAUCCGUUGGCACAACAGCUUCAGGGCAGCUCGAGCCCCUUGGGACUCUAGCUUGUCCCUAGCCAGGGCCAAUCGGCUGCCCUCUGGCUGUGAGCACGUCGGUGAGGGACCCACAAGCUGCUGGCGGAGUCGCUGCUUCAUGUCUGGCUUGAGCCACUCCACAACCACCUGCUCCCCACAGAGGUGUGACUGCCCUGCAGGAAAAAGGCAGAAAGGACAUAUUUUAGCCCUGGGCCCAAGCCCCAAGUCCCUGUAAGUCCUCAGGAGUCACACAGGCUGUUUUAGUUUCUAGCCUCCCCAUUUUCAGGUUGUGUGACCUCAGGCAAAAUAACUUAAGGCUUCAUUGUAUUUGUGAAGGGGGUGUAAUAUCAGCUACCUUCUAAAUUUUCUUGGAGAAGUACUGGUUGAUGCUGGCUUUAUCUCUGCAUAACCAUAAAAUAGCUAACUUUUACUGUGAAUACUUGCCAAGAAUCAAGGAAUGUGCUAAGUACUGGCUUUAUUUUCACAACAGACAGCAGUCUUAGUUGGAUUGCCUUGGGCAAGUUCACUUCUCCAUCUCUAAAGAGGAAGAUCAUUGUGUUUUUUUCAUUGGAAUGUUGAGGAUUAAGUCAGGAGAUAAUUGGGAAGCAUGAAGUUAAAUGGUAGUAACAUCAGAAAAUUUUAAAUGUGAGUUCAAAUAAAUUGUGUAAAGUUGCAAAUUCAGGCAUUCUUGACCCUAAGAUUUUUUGAGUUCACAGGCGGUGCUGAUGUGUAGAGGUAAAGUCCCUGCCAGGACACGGUUGCCCCAACCAGCGGCCCCCAGUAGCCUCCACCCCUACCUUCCAUCAGGGCCUUUUUGGCCAUGGCCGCGGCACGGUGCGAGCUGAACUUGA